UCUGUGUAACAAUCGUCGCAGGGGUGGCCAGUAAAAAAAGUAUGAUCAUCUCAUGAUUCGUUUCAGUAAUCAUCUUAAACUGCGAGCUGCUGAACCCAAUUGUCUCAGCUCUCUUAAUUUGCGAUUAAAUUUUGAGGUGCAGAUGCCGAUGAAUUCAUAGCUUACACGACGUUGGAAUAUUUGAAAAAUAUAUCUGCGAAGCAACCGGAGGCAUGCACUGUGAACGAUUCCUUGAUACAGUUGUACACGAAUUCAGGAUCAUCAUUGCAACCAGGAAGCGAUACGCUCGGAUUAACUUGCGGGACUAAAAAAAAAAGAAACUUCUGCUCUGUUACCUCCGGAAAACAAUGUGUAUUUUCAGGUAAAUUGUCUAGGAAUUCAUCACUAAUGCGGCUAUAGAAAUCCAAAGUAUCGGUGUGUCUAUGCAUAUGUUCAUCAUACGACAAUCUAGACAGGCAGCAGACUCGUUGACCAUCACUUUAUAUUCUCGGCGUCAGUUUGUGAGUCUUUGCGCAGCAAUUCGAUACGAUCGAGAACGUGAGCUGAUGCCCUGCUCUUGCGCCUUCAUGGGACGUUCGGAAUUAUUAUUUAUACUAUUGCUCAUCAUAAAAAUGAUGACAGUCCACAGCGACAGUAUCGGCAAAAGUUGUAUAGCUCGGUCUAUGGAACAACAACCCUUGUAGGUCAUUGACCGCUACAAGCUAAUCGUUUGUACGUACGUACGUGCGUACGUCUCUACCCUUUUUCUAGCGGAUGCCGAACGGUUUAAUGCGCACCUGCCGUGUCGGUAAAACAGAUCGCGUGUGUGAAAAAACUUGUGCGAAAAAAAAUUUGUCAAGGGUUGAAAGAUGAUGGUGAAACGUAGAUUUGAUAUUUUUUGCUAGAUUUUAAUAUGAACUCCAUCGCUGCUUUGGUUUUUUCCAUUCAUUAACGCCGAGCAUACAUAAUGACCCUGAAAUAAAUGCCAUGCAGACGAGCGGGUGGUCUGCAACCGUAAUCUAGAGUGAUUAUUACCCAUACGUGUUUGUGCGUUGCUGAUGUAUGGUACCGCCUCACAGACACUCCAGACGGACUACGACCGGUCCCAUAUCAUAAUUAAUGCACAGCCUUCCUUCCUUCGACUCUUUCCUCUCCUUAUAACAUGUCAAUUACAAUUAAACAUCAGCGCAAUUGCGCUCGAUAAGAUUGAGCACAGCGUAAGAGAAAGUGGUCUUUGUUUUGUUGCAUACUGCUGAGAGAUUGCGAGAGCUAUAGAUCGAGGAACAUGUCGUUCAUCUCAACAAUUGCGAAGAUCCCUCGGUUCCAUCUUGGAAUGACGUCCAAUGUUAAAAAUCAUCGGAUACGGCGAUAGCGAAUUAUUCGCGACACCCGUUGGGUAACUUACACUGGUCCGAGGAAAGUGACAGGUAUGAGUCGUUAACCGGUCAAAAUUGGCCCCGUAAUAUGGACAGACGUACGAUAAAGUAAUGCGCGGUCUGAGCUUCCGGUCGAACACUCCGACUUGGGUGCGAAUCGCGCACAGCUGUUCCUGAGCCGUCGUUGGUACUCCAUGUAUACCGCAUUAAUAUACCUAUAUGAAUUUGGAGUCGGUUUGUGUGUGCCGCUUCCACCCGUACGCAACUUAUCGCGGGUAGAAUAUCUCCCUUCAGGAAUGCAGCUGGCAAAUAUCGGCUUGCCCCGCACUAUAUAGUACCACAGUGUCGCAGUUUGUAGAAUGAACCGAACGGCCGACCCUGUCGAUUUUGGGAGCUGCUCACGGACGCAAAAGGUUCUCAAUUCUCAUCUUCGCAGCAUCCAAUCCCCCGCGCAUGGAAAGAAACGCAGAGAACGCUAGAGAGAGUAUACUAGGGGUGUUCGGGAAAUACGAUGGACACACCUCGGUGCGACAAAUCAAAGAGACACGCCAGUGAGAUACAGAAGCGACCGGCGAUUUACGAUGUCAACUGCGAGGAAUAUAACGACAGGAAUGCUAAGAUGGACGCUUGGGAGGAAAUGUGCCGGGUGAUGGUGACCAAUUGGAACAACUUGAACAACGAAGAGAGAAACGCCGAAGAAAAAAAUUUACGGGGGAAAUGGAGAAACAUCAGAGAUUAUUUCAUGAAGGAACUUAAGUUACAACGUUCGCAAAAAUCGGGUCCAGCGGCGCGAAAAAGAAAGAAAUAUAUUUACUUCGAUCAAUUAUACUUCCUCCUUCCCACCGUCGAAAAUAAAAAUUUCAGAGACUCGGUACAGAUCACUAAAAGUUCACCCCAGCAUCAAGACAGCGACAGCGAAAUGGAUAACCCUGUUAUCGAAGAAUACGAUUUUCCACCAAUACAACCGAGCACUUCGAGAAAUUAUAACAACGUUGCGAUGAACUUACACGAGUCGAACAUGCGGGGGCGAUAUUCAAACCAGAUUUGCGAAGCACCUCUCAACUCAUUCGACAACGAUGUCCACGACAUGUUGUCUCCCCAUAGUCAACCAAUGAUCCACGAAGAAGAUUACGACAGGAUGUUUCUUCUUUCUCUGUUACCAAUGAUGAAGCAAGUACCUGACGUCAAAAAACUUGAUGUCAGAAUACAGAUGCAACAGAUAAUAGCGUCCGCGCUUUACGCCUCCGAAUCAAAGUGAUAUAAUUGAGUAUUUUAUACUCAUGUUGAUGAAAAUAUUUUUUUUUCAACCCCAUAAUGUAUCUCUCUGAGAGAGAUGAAGCAGAACCAUGCACCUCAAAAAUAUAAUGAACAAUUUUAUAGUUUUGAAAACUCACGGAGAUGAUCCGUAAUUAUAUUAAAUCAUGUUAUGUCGCGUUAGUUGUACGACGUCAGAUGGCCAUUCAAGCUCGACUCUUGAUGUAAAUAUAUUUUUCUCAUUAUCCCGA